UGUCAGACUAUAAACUGGGUGAAUUUAGUUUUUUUUUUACGUGGCAGCAAACCUUCACUUGAUAACAGCCUGCUGUGACCACACAUGUCAGGAUGCAGCCCGCUUAGGAGAACAUUGUCGGGGCGUAUUAACAUAUUAAUUAUCGGAUAAUCUGCAGAGGUCCUCCUCCUAUCUGCAAGGAGAGGGGACAGAGGGGAGGACGUGUGCCGCUGUGCGAGGCGCUGCAGGCGGGGAGGCGAGCAGCUCAGUCCGCGGUGGUGGAUGACACACGGGGCAUGGAGAUGUUGCGCCGCUCCUCUGUGUUUGCUGUUGAAGUGUUUGACCGCUCGCCCACCGACAAGGAGCUGGUGUCCCAGGCUAAAGUACUGUGCAGGGAGUACAUUCACUCCAGGCUGAACCGUGCCGGGAUAGGCUGGUCUAAGCCUGAACACGGACUGACUGCAUCAUGUGGGACUCUGGGGGAGAUAUCGUCGGUUCUGCUGUGGCUGGGUGAUGAGUUGGAGUACCUCCGACCCAACGUUUACCGUAAUGUAGCACGACAGCUCAACAUCACGGUUGCGUCAGAGAGCAUUGUGUCCGAUGCUUUCCUGGCUGUGGCUGCAGAUAUUUUCUCCACAGGUGUGACGUGGGGGAAAGUGGUUUCCUUGUACGCCGUGGCAGGAGCCCUGGCAGUGGACUGCGUUCGCCAUGGUCAUCCAGCGAUGGUUCAUACCAUUGUCGACUGCAUGGGGGAGUUUGUCCGCAAGAGCCUGACCUCCUGGUUGAAAAGGAGAGGCGGCUGGGUGGAUGUAACAAAAUGUGUGGUGAACAGUGAUCCCAACUUUCGCUCUCACUGGCUGGUGUCGGCUGUCUGUGCCUUUGGACACUAUUUGAAGGCCACCGUGUUGUACCUCCUCAGAGAGAAGUGAAAGACACAGACUGGACUCUGAGUGGACUGACCAUCGCUGUACACCACCACCAACUCCAACACCAACACUUCACUAAAGCAACCACUGCUUUGGAUUAUGUUUACACUCAUGUUGCACUGAGCCUUUAUUGAUGAACACUUCAUCACUUCACAGACUUUCCUCGCUUCUUCUGCUUCCUCUACUAGAUUUUCUAUUUAUUGUGAAUGGUCGUAUUAUGGCACAUGUUUGAUGUGAAUGUAUAAACUCACCCACUGUUAAUGUUUUUAGCUUUCUGGCAGAACUGCCUGUUUGGAAGUGGUUUGGCUGCACCUAGUGGUUGGAAAUGGUAAUGGAGAAUAUGGGGCACUGAGGACACCCAAGAGGAUUUACAAAAAUCUUCACUUCUCACCUGGAUGGCAUAUAUGGCCCAAUACAGCAUAUUUUCCCCUAAAUAAGGGAAUUAAAAAAUGGGCCAAAUCAUUUUGAUUUAUGGCUUUAGUGUGUGCAGUGGUUCAUAACAGUACUCCUUGCUAUAUAGGAAAAACAAUUCAAAUGUUUCAAAGCAAACAGGACCAACCAGUGUUGUAGUACUCGAGAGCAGUCUUAGUCUCCAGAUCACUUUUUGAAGGUCUCAUCUUGAAAUUGUCUGCAUUUCUUUAUUUAUUACAGCAGUAUGUAAAUUCUGCAAUCUUUUAGAAAAUGUAUAAGUCUUGGUCUUGGUCUUAAACCCUCAAAGUCUUGGUCUUGAUAUGCUCUGGUCUUGGGUGUUCUUGACUACGACACUGGGACUGACAUCUAACUUUGUGGAUAUUGGUGGUUAAAUGUUAAAUCUCUACCGACAGCUGUUUCUUCAUGUUAUUCUGUAUCACAACAGAAGAGAAAACAUGAAAUAUGUCAUACAAAGUUUUGCCUUUCCCUUGUGCUCUUUAGCUACUGGGGGAGUGCUGCAGGAUCUGCCUAUAAUUUCCAUACAGUCCGUCUUGAGUUUGAGUAUUUCAGAGAGCACUAUAGACUUAAUGCAACUUUUUCUCUCUCUUCAUUGUUCACUGUGAGGCACGUGUAAUAUAUCGCUGUGGUAAGUUACAGUAUGUUUUCUCGAGCACUUUGAUAACAUUUUGGCUGUUUUUUAUAAGUAGAAUUUAUUCCAUGAAUAAUGUCGUUUUAUAUGGCAGGUAGCACUAGGAGUCCUAGAAUAUAAACAAAUGUUUGUAAGUCAUCUGCAACUGUAAAUAUUAACAAUAAUAAAUUGUUGUUGUGUUAACUCUGCUGUGGUAAAUGUUGAUUGAUUGUUAAUAAGCAGAUUUUUUAGCAGCUGUUUUCCAGACAUGUAAUCCCAGCUGAUUUUUACCCAGAUGUUUUUUAUACAAUAAUGAUCAUUAGGCAAUGAAGUUUUGUAUUCAAACCGUGUUCACUGAAAUUUAUUGAGUGAAUGUAAUGUAAAAGUUCUGUGCCAGAUGUUUGUGGGCCUAACCACAACUUUGUGUAGUUAUCUUGAAGUGUCCGCACUAUUUUUCAGUUACAUUAUUCAA